AUGGCGUACGAAUUGGACCGCUCUCGCCCGUAUUACUCCCGCUCGCCGCAAUCGGCCUACCCAAGGCGGCGUCCAUACAUGCCACCUUACCACGAUGAAGAACCGCCAAAUUCCCCCACGGGAGACAACUCGCUGCUCAGCCGCAUCGCGCCGCCGCAUGUUCCCCUAUUGUACAGGAUCGGCAUGAAGGUGGAAGAGCAGGAGCCUGAGAUACCGGAACCCCUGCGGGAAUGGAGGCCAGGCCCGAAUUGGGCGCCGAAGCCGCAGAAGGGGAAGGGCGACGAGAAGGAGGCGGAAGCGCAGCCGGUGCUGAAGGAGGUAAAGGCUGAGCCUGUGGAAGUCAUUGACCUGACUAUAGAGUCGGAUUCUGAAGAAGAGGGGGGCUCGGAGGCGGGGCAGGUGCGCGAGCCCGUGGUGUACGAGAUAGAUGAUGAUGAGGAAGAGGGUAUGGCGGAGGACUCCCAUUUGAAUGCUGUGGAUGAAGCCGGUCACUCCCCCUCGCCUGAGCGGACGCCUAUCCAUGUACCAGUCCCAACAACCGUAGAGGACGUACAGGCUCCGCCACACUCUGAGCGUGGAGCACAAGUCCCCCAAUCACAGGAAGCCGCAGAGAUUCUGGAAAACCAGGCAUCCGCCAGUCGAUCGUCUUCUGCGGCUGAUAGCAUUGCCUCUUCGUCCAACGACCGUCCAGCCGCGAGCGACGCUCCUACUGUGCCCAAUCCCUUAGCUACGAAUUCCAGUACGGACGGCCUCUUAUCCAACGUCCGUACAAACGUGAGCGAAGCUCCACUGACAGCCAAUUCCCCUGCUGCGAGACCAACUCCGUGUUCUAAUAUACGAGACUUCUCAGCUGAGAAUCCCCAGCAGCUCUCUAACAUGGAAGAAUCUGUACCUUUUCCCGCACCUCCUACCCCAGCUACAAGACCAGAUCACUCUGCUAGUAUGCAGGACUCCUCGGCGAAGGAAUCCAUAAAGCCGUCUACCAUGGAAGAACCCGUACCUGGCAUCGCACCCCAUGCGGCCGAACCCACCAACCCCCCUUCUCUCCACCAGUUCCGCGAGCGUCUACUCGACUUAGUCGUAUUCAACGCCCAACGUCAAAAUCCCGACGCGACGUUCAACUCGGCGCACGUGGAGUCACUCGUCAAUGAGCACUGCCAGGACUUCGUGCGCAAAGCCAAGGUCGUGGCCCGCCAAGUAGGAAACAGGCAGAGGCGGCUUGACGCUGAGGAGUUCCGGGAUAUGGCAUCCGCGGUGGUCACCAUUGGCACCAAGAGGCCUCUCGAAGAAUCGGGAGAAGAAGAAGAAGAGGAGCGUCCGAGGAAGAGGACGAACCGCACGGAAGACAGCGACGCCACACUCGUCGCGGUGGCAGCUCCGAAACCUCGUCCUGAGUCCCCCAAACCGAGGAACGAGACCACAGAAGUGGCAGCUCCGAACACCUCGUCUGCUAUCGAAGAGGUGGUCCCAGCCCACACACCCGAACGAUGGGUGCGUGCUCAGGCUGACAUGGAGGAUUAUUACGAUCCGAACUUGCCCUCACCUAAUUUGGACGAGCCACAACCGUCCCAGACUGACAACCGAUCGCGUUCGCCACCGUCUGAAUUGCCAGUAGCCACAGUGGUUCCCACUAAUCCUGACGUCCUGCAAACAGACCCCGAUCCUACAUAUUACGAAACUCCAAGCCAGCCUUCACCAGUACCGCUAAGUAUGAUUAGUACGCCUCCACUCACGCCAGACGCGACCCCCAUCGCUCCGCCUCCGCCCACAUGCGGCGUCCCAGGACUCUGGUUUGUGAAACUAGGGGCACCACAUUCAAGUGUGCUAGACUGUUCCUUCAUCGUGCCGCCCGAGAUUGCCGCCGCAGCGGCUCGGUGGGCUCGACGCCAAGACACAUUCGACCCGGACGCGUUCCACGUAUCUGUACGCGUGCAUUGCCUACCAAAGGCAUUGGUGGAGGCCGUGCUACAACGAAUGGGCCCGCAAGCCAGUGCCGAGGACAUCACGAAGGUCAUGGCAAGCGUCCCUACGGCGUGGCCAACGCCAGGGACACUCAUUGUUGACGUCAACGUCGGGCGUGAGGGGGAACAGAUGUGGUUUGCCGAUAGUAUGGGUGAGGGCAGUCCACCAUUGGACGCUUCUCCAUUUAUUCAGCCGGGCGCGAAUUACUUGCGGGUAGUACAGCUCGCGGACUUAUCGGACCGCUUGUUUGUGGUGCAUGCUGCGCCACCGUCUGCGGCUGAACUCGAGGCUGCGCGUGGUAAAGAAGAGCGCAAGAGCGUACUGCGCAAAGUUGUAGCUCGACAUGCCGCAGUCGGAAUUUCUGUAUGA